AUGUGCACAUCAAAAUUUGUUUUGAAAAGGGCACCACGUUCUUCCACUCAGUUUCAUCUUCUGCGAUGCCUAGAAAUUUUGCGAACUCUGAAUACUUCAUUACAAGCACACAUUUAUUACAGUGAUAUGAUCUCGUUAGACAGAACCCUACCGGAUACAAGGCGAGCCGAAUGUUUAGAUGUCAAAUAUGAUCUCAACAACCUUCCUCGGGCUUCGGUAGUAAUAAUUUUCACCGAUGAAGCUUGGACUCCUCUUAUGAGAACUGUGCAUUCGGUUGUCAAUAGAAGUCCACCGCAGUUGUUGAAAGAAGUGAUCCUACUUGAUGAUAACAGCCAGCGAGAACUGAAAGACCAUCUUGAUGAAUACAUUCUCCGCUUCAAUGGUGUUGUCCGGAUUGUCCGCAAAAACAUCAGACAAGGAUUAAUUAGGGCGAAAAUAGCUGGAGCACGAGAAGCUACUGGUGAAGUGAUCGUAUUUUUAGACUCUCACUGUGAAGCUAAUGAAGGAUGGCUAGAGCCAUUGGUACAGCGAAUUAGUGAGAAGCGCAGUGCUAUUAUCUGUCCAACCAUUGAUCAUAUAGCGGCAGAAACGAUGCAGUAUCAUGGAGAUCCUUAUGCCUCGUUAGAGCCAUUGGUACAGCGAAUUAGUGAGAAGCGCAGUGCUAUCAUCUGUCCAACCAUUGAUCAUAUAGCGGCAGAAACGAUGCAGUAUCAUGGAGAUCCUUAUGCCUCGUCUGUUGGAGGUUUCUCUUGGGCUCUACAUUUCACUUGGGAGCAGAUGCCGGAAAGGGAGAAAAAUCGAAGAAAAAGCCCUAUUGAAUCCAUAAGGUCUCCUACUAUGGCAGGUGGUCUGCUAGCUGCCAAUCGUGAGUAUUUCUUUGAAGUUGGUGCCUAUGACGAUGAAAUGGAUAUCUGGGGAGGAGAGAAUUUGGAAAUUUCGUUUAGGGUAUGGAUGUGUGGUGGAUCCAUAGAGUUCAUUCCAUGUUCGCAUGUGGGACAUAUAUUCAGAGCUGGACACCCGUACAAUAUGACAGGGCGUGGAGGAAACAAAGACGUACAUGGUACGAACUCCAAAAGGCUAGCUGAGGUGUGGAUGGAUGAUUACAAACGACUCUAUUACCUUCACCGGCAUGACCUCAAGAAUACUGACGUUGGGGACCUCACAGCGCGCAAAGAAUUACGUAAACGCCUCGGAUGUAAGCCCUUUAAGUGGUACCUCGAUAACAUCAUUCCUGGUAAAUUCAUUCCGGAUGAAGAUGUUCAAGCGUAUGGUGUUCUGUUUACCACUGUAGGAGGUUCUCGUAUGUGCUCAGACACGCUACAACGAGACGAACACUCAGUACAUAUGCUUGGCGUUUUUCCAUGCCAAGGAAAAGGUAGUCCACCCCAGUUGAUGUCGCUUUCGAAUGCUGGCCACUUACGGAGGGAAACGAACUGCGCUGAAGUCAAACUUGCGGAAAAUCUGCGCCGAGGCAAUGUAAUGAUGUAUCCUUGUAAUGAAAGGAGCUCAAUAUGGUUGUACGAGAACUCCAUGUUGAAAGACAAGACUUCUGGAUUGUGUCUGUCGACAGCAGGCUUAAAAGCCGGUGAGGACAUCAUAGUAGAAGCUUGUGACAGCAGUAAUCCUCACCAGAUUUGGAGUUUUGUUGAUCCUAAUUUGUAG